AUGUCUGACUCCAGUGCUUGGCUCAGCGACAGGUCCAAGACUGUCGAGGGUCACAACAUGACCUGCGCUCUGUAUUUCAACGACAACUUGGUCUGGGGACCGAUGUCUUGCCACAACAACACAACUACCAUACAGUCAGCCCUCCGCCAGGCCGACAAGCGUAUGGAACUGCGACUCGGUACCAAGGAUAAAACAGUUGAAGGUCACACCAAGUCUUUCAACAUCAAGUACAAGGGCAAGAACAUUUUGGAAGACCACUCUUGCCACAACAACCUUGAGGGGCUGGUCGUGGCCAUCAACUCCAUCUGGAUCGCUGCACCCCCUCAGUGA